UUAAAAAUAUUCGAUUAUUACUUCCCAAAUAAAAUUCGUUUUUUAGUUUUUAUUUUAUCUACCUACAUGGUUUUUAAAUUAAACGAUUUAUUCAUAAUACUGUAAUGAGUAUAUUCACGAGUAUUGUUGUUUUUAAUUAUACUGGCAAAAUGACAAAAGACUUAUCUCGAGAUGAAGCAUCUCGCUUACGACAAGAACGGUGGGAACAACACAUGCACGGUCUUUGCAUCCUUGACAAUCAUUUGAACGAUGAAAUGGAAAAAGCAUCACAUCGAUCAGCUGUCCUUAACCACUUGGUUGAUCAGACGAACAGAGUAAAAAACCUGUGGCAAGAAUUUCAACGACAGUCUGACAACGGGUGUGUACUAGAAGAUACUGCUGUACAAAUGGCUAUCGAACAACACGGCCUACAAAGUCAUCACUUUCAUCAACCCCAGUAUAAAAGAGUUGAAUCACAAUUGACUAGUAAACCACCUGAUAUUGAUUGUGAUGAUAUAUUCAACCAAGCUGUAUCAGCUGCGAUUGUAUCAAAUGGAUUGAUUACUGCACAACAUGAACAUUAUAUGUAAAUUUGUAUUUUAGUUUAGUUGUAUAGAUUUUAUUAUAAGAAUUUGAGUUAAUAAUAUAAUUUAAUUUUUGAUGAGUACAACUAAUAUUUUAAGAUUAACAAAACCUUGAAUUUAGAAAAUAAUUAUAAUCAUCUAACAAAAUUUAAAAAAGUACUCGUUUUAAAUUAAACAUAUAACAUUGGUUGUUUAAACUGAUAUGUAAAAAUAUUGUAUUACUUGAGAAAACUCUAUAAUAUGUGGUUUACCAAAUAAU